CGUCUGGUUUGACUCURCAUCUGUGUGUCAGUACAAGUGAAACAUGGACAAAACCAGCGCAGCUCAUCUGAGAAACUUCCUGCAGAUGAGGUCGAAGUAACAGUUCUAYGAAUUUGCAUCAAACUUGUGCAGGGAUUGUGCAGAUAUGACUCCAGUUUGAAGCUGGUCAGAGAUAAAGGAUGGAAACCCAGAAUGAAUCUUUCAGCACCAAYGUCACCAGAGUCACCAACGGCACCAGCCUCUUCUCCGGCAGCCCCUACACGCCCGUGGAGAUAGUGCUCAUCAUCCUGGUGGCUGGAUCCCUGAGUCUGAUCACUGUCGUCGGAAACAUCCUGGUCAUGCUCUCCAUAAAGGUAAACAGGAACCUGCAGACCGUCAACAACUACUUCCUGUUCAGCCUGGCCUGUGCAGACCUCAUUAUCGGCGUCUGCUCCAUGAACCUCUACACCGUCUACAUUGUGAUUGGCUACUGGCCCUUGGGAGCGGUGGUGUGUGACCUUUGGUUGGCUGUUGAUUACGUUGUGAGCAACGCGUCCGUCAUGAACCUGCUCAUCAUCAGCUUUGACCGUUAYUUCUGUGUCACCAAGCCCCUCAGCUACCCCGCACGCCGCAGCACCAAGAUGGCCGGCCUGAUGAUCGCGGCAGCCUGGGUCUUGUCCUUCAUCCUCUGGGCUCCGGCCAUUCUGUUCUGGCAGUUCAUCGUGGGCGGGAGAACCGUGGCGCCCAACGAGUGCUACAUUCAGUUCUUCUCUAAUCCGGCAGUGACUUUUGGGACAGCCAUAGCUGCCUUUUACCUCCCAGUGGUCAUCAUGAUCUACCUUUACUGGYGCAUCUCGAAGGCCAGCCGCAGCCGCAUGAGGAAGGAGAGCAGGAAGACCUCAGGAACCAGUCUGGCAGAAGCSCCUUCUAACAGCCAGGAGGAAGGGUGUGAGAACAACGAUGCUGUGACAAAACCAGCUCAGGAGCAGGUUGUAGAUGAGAAGGAAAAGGAAAUGCUGCAGCAACAAAAUGGAAGCGGGCCCUGCACAGACGAACAGGUGGACCAGGUGGACACAUCAGAGGUUGUCCACGCUUCAACGUCUAAAGACGUCGCUCCAUCACGCAAGAGCUCAGGUGGCGGGAAAAAUGCAACGCAACCCUCUUCUCCACAGAAUUCAGCAACUGACAGACAAAGUAUGGUCACACGGACGCUGUUGCUGGUAACAAAGCGUGCAGUGACCGAGAGAGUGGUAGCAAAGUGGAGAAGAAGAGGAAACUCUUCCAGAGAGAGAAAAGUGACGCGCACCAUCAUGGCCAUCCUGAUCGCUUUUGUUGCCACCUGGACGCCGUACAACGUGAUGGUGCUCAUCACCACGUUCUGCUCCACCUGCAUACCCAACUCGCUGUGGACCAUCGGCUACUGGCUCUGCUACAUCAAYAGCACCGUCAACCCGGCCUGCUACGCCCUCUGCAACACCACCUUCAAGAAUACCUUCAAGCACCUGCUUCUGUGCCAGUACAAGAACAUCCGUGGGCGAUGAGGGAACAAAUGAUGGAGCUGAAACUUUGCGUCAUGAAAGAAAAAGCUGCAAAAUGAAAAGAAUAAAUAAAUAAAUUUGACUGAAUYCCAUUUUAAUUUGAAGUCAUAAGAUAGUGAGUUAAAUAAUUCAAACAAAUAAUUUUUUUUUACAAAAAAAUGAUAAAUUAAUGGUAGCUUUUUAUGUAUGGAGACACUAAGUGAGUUUCAUUAUAAGAUGUAAUUAUAGUGACGCAACCUACAAUUAUUUUUUGGGGCUGUUUAAAAAAAACAUCAAACAACACCACAAAUUUGAUGAUUAUAACUCUUAUUGUUUCUUUUAGGUAAUUUAUUUCCAACUUCACGUCUGGAUAAGAAUGAGGGUUGUGACAUUGGCCCAGUCCAUAUGCUCAGUGYGCACCCUCCACCCCUCUGUGAAGUGUGGAUUCAGUCGAAGUGCACAUAAGUGUUAGAGUGCGCAGGUUACAAGUGUGAAAAACAAUUGAGAAUCGGGACUGUACGGAUUACGUCAUCGAUUUGUGCCUCUGCGUCAUAACUCCGACAUCCAACAUGGUGGGACCGGUCAUUGUUUUGGCAUUUGUACUGCUAAAAAUGAUAGUACAACUACAAAAAGCAAUCGUUUUUAGGAGAAGAAAAUGCAUGAAUCGGAGGAGACUUUAUACAUCAGAGUAUAAGAACUAACUUCUAGAAGUUCUUCUUAUAGUGGUUUUAAUGGUGGUCGGCAGACUAAUUUAAGUGCAUUACUGCCACCACUAAACUGGAAGGUGCUCAGUGGACAUGGCCAGAUUUCUGCCUUUUAAUUCAAAACGUCACACAUAGCGGUGAAUUGUGGGUAACUUUGCCAAAGUCCGUAAAAAUGCAGUCUUCGCAUAAGGGUGGAAAUAGUACCCAAAAUGGGCGGGGCCAAGGGCGGAUGUGGAGAAUGUGGGACACACUACGCACUCAAACCCUUCCAACAUGAAUGCGCAUUUGAAGUGCACAAGGGCGGAACGAGGGUGGGAGUGAAAGUAUUGGGACAGGGCCAUUGAGAAUAGUUGUUGAGCCAUUUUGCAUACGCACUAACAGGAAGUGAUGACGAAGAGUAACAACUCAGACAGCAGUGAAAAAACUGACGCUUUUUUAUUUUCAUUUUGAGUCGCUGACAAAGAGAAAGUCAGAGCUCAAAUAAUAUUGUUUAAUAAAACAUAAACCUGGGAGUUUGCCUUUUUGGGUUUUCUCCUUUGUYGUCACUUCCUGUUUCAUUUAAGCAAAGUCAAUUUUUUUUAAAAGUCUUUUAUGUGACAAAAUGGAUGAAACUAUGACAGAUUUCUUGAUCAUUAGGACUUUUUUCAUUUUUUGUGUAAAGGAAAUGCAUGUCACAUGCACUUAAAGGAAAUUUUACACAAAAUGUUUAUUUUAAUCAAAGUAUACUCAGAGUUGGGUGAUUCUUGCUUCUUUUUAUUUUGGGCACUUGCAGGGCUCCACAUAGUGGUGGUGCUCCUCCAGUUUUUUUUUAUAGUUAUUUUAUUUUUAACAGUGCAUGAACCUUUUUCAUAUUUCCACAUAAACAGUAUGUCUUUUUAUUAGCUUCUAAAGAUUUCAGUAAAGACCAAGAACUGUAUUAUAUUCUUUAAAGCUCUUUUUUAUUUGUUCUGAGCUUUAUUGUGAAAAACCACAUUUGACUAAUCAUUUAAGUGUUUUACUUUUUUUUUUCUUUUUAGGGAGUUUUAUUUUAAAGAUGUGAUUCUCUCUUGGUUCUUUUUACAUAAAAGUGUUUAAAUGUUGUGAAUGUGACAACAAAGCAAAUGACGACACAAAAAAACCUGUAUGAGAACAAUGUAACACUAAUGUUGUAUUACUAAAGCAAAUGUCGAGCUGUUAACAGGAAGAGUUUAAGCCAAAUCUGUCUUUAAAUUGAACCAAAUGAAAAUAUGUAAUUAUCGUAUUCAAAAUAAUGUAUUAUGUGAGUGUUUGUUCAAUUUUCACUCACAUCAGGCUCACAGCUAUUAACUGUGUUUGUAAUCUGUAAUGUGUAAAAGGUUGUGGUAUUUGUUUAUAUUGACUCUGCUUUAUACCUGUUUUAUGAAAAUAAAAAGCUCAUGUUUGGUCA